AUGAAGAGAGAAUCAAUAUAUACACUCUCUUUUCUCGUACUCCUACCGUCUUCCAUAUUAUUUUUCAACUUUGUGUACCCCGAUCGACAGUUUCUUUCUCGCUUUGCUUUCUUAAUCAAUAAUUCAAAGAAAUCGACAUUCAUCGAAGGUUGCGAUUAUUCCAAAGGUCGUUGGGUGUGGGAUGAAAAAUACCCACAUCGAUUAUACGACGAAAGCUGUCCCUUUCUUGAUCCCGGAUUCCGUUGCAGCCAAAACGGACGCAAAUAUGGAGGUUUUCGUAAGUGGAGAUGGCAACCUGAUGGCUGUAACAUUCCCCGAUUCAAUGCCAGUGACCUUCUAGAGAGGAGUCGCAAUGGGCGCAUUGUAUUUGCGGGUGAUUCCGUAGGCAGAAACCAAUGGGAGUCAUUACUGUGCAUGUUGACACAAGGGGUCUCUAACCUGUCUAAAAUAUAUGAAGUGAAUGGAAGUCCCAUAAGCAAACACAAGGGCUACCUGGCCAUGAAGUUUCAGGAAUACAACGUGACAGUAGAGUACUACAGGACACCCUUCUUGUGCAUUACAGGUCGUCCACCUCCCAAUUCAUCCAAUCAAGUCCGAGCGACUAUCAGGCUUGACGAGUUGCACUGGUAUUCCAAUAAGUGGGUUGGAGCAGAUGUUCUUAUUUUCAAUUCCGGCCAUUGGUGGAACCCAGACAAAACUUCCAAGACGGGUAGCUACUUCCAGGAAGGAGGGAAGGUAAAUAUGACCAUGAACGUAAAAGAAGCAUUUAGGAGAUCCUUACAGGCAUGGAAGUCAUGGGCAUUGGGUAAUCUUGAUCCUAGGAGGAGUCUCGUCUUCUUUCGUAGCUAUUCCUCCGUUCAUUACAGGAAUGGCACAUGGAAUGAAGGAGGAUACUGUGACAUGGAAACAGAACCAGAAAACGACCCUACAAAAAUUGAAAGUGAACCAUAUUAUAACAUAUUUAUAUCUGAUGUUGUCAAACAGAUGCAAUAUGGCAGCUGGAAAAUCCACUUUUUGAACAUCACAUAUCUUUCAGAGUUGAGGAAAGAUGGGCACCCUUCCAAGUAUCGGGAGCCAGGCACUCCGCCUGAUGCCCCACAGGAUUGUAGCCACUGGUGCUUACCAGGAGUUCCAGACACCUGGAACGAACUUCUUUAUGCUCAACUCCUAUCGGAGAAAUAUGGCAUCAGAAACUUUCCAGAAAGUGAAUAACAAAGCCAGUCCAAUUUUCAUCAGA